UAUUUUUUUGUUAUUUUUUCGUUGCAAAGUUAAAAUGCAACGGCGCACAAAAAUCACUGCAGAUACUAAAAGAAUUCAAUCGCUCAAGGCCUUGUUCAAAAAAGUGGUUCGCAUAAUGAGCCUAAAUGAUCCCUGGCGCGAAAACGAAGGUGACCCAAGGAUAACUUCAAACGUCAUGAGGAAUUUAUCCACCAGAGUGCGCACAAAAUCCAAAUCGGGGUUCCUAACUGCAGCGGAUAAAUCUUUGAUUCGAACGCCGCACGUGAUUCGUACAAUUGCGGAACGAAGGAAAUUAUGUCAACUGUUUGCUAAGUUGACAUGUUUGGCAGGCUUCAGUCCAAAAAUUCGAGCUCGACUAGUUCCUGUGGUCCGUUUGAUGCCCGUGGACGCUGGUCGCAUUAUCAUAAGACAAUCGGAUGCUCCUAUAACCGUGUUUUUUGUACUAACAGGGGAAGUACAUAUGAUUAAAAACCAAAAAAACCAGAAGGGAGAAGGAGGGAUCGUGGGAUUCCUUGGUGCUGGAGAUAUGAUGGGUGAUGUGGAGCUCUUGCAGGGCAUCAAACGAACUCACACCUUCAGAGCAGCAACCUACUGCGAACUACUCGUGCUGUACGACUAUGAUUUUGCACCGAUUCUCGGGGCCUACAUGACCAAGAUUUGGGACGAGAAGAAGCGGGCCCUCAAGGCACUGGACUACUUUGACUUUCUCGAUGACGAUCAGAUCGUGGAAGCUUGCCGAUAUGGGAGACUGAAACAAUUCGAUCCACUGGAUACCAUAUUCUGUGAGGAUAUAGGAUCCAUGACCAAUGUCCACUUCGUGCUCAGUGGAGAAUGUCUGAUCCUACAGUGUCUGAAUAUAAAGGUUAGUAUGAAAAGAGGUAAAAAGGUAUAUGAUCUUUUGCCGGCGGCUGAAGGUGAUGUGUCCAAAAUGUUUAGAAAAGCCGUGAGAUCCACAUUUUCCUCUCAAAGUACCCACGAAGAUCAGUCAAAAAUUGACAUUCUUGAUCUUGUGGCAAGUACAAGUUCCAGUUCCACGGGAGAAAAAAGUGCUCUCAACCGCAAGAUGCGAAAAAUGGAUCUAAGAGAUAUAGAAAAAAGAUGCGGCAUGAUCAAAUCGCCGCCACAAAAAUCGCGUUUCACUUGGCGCCGUUCGAUUCGAAAGUCAACGAUGUCCGUAUUUUCGCGCAGUGAAAAUAGGUUGAUCAGUGAAGAUGUAUUUGAGAAUUUUUGGGAAAUGUGCGAGGAUGAAAGUGAUAUCGAAUCAUAUUCAUCGGGCUCAGACUACACGGACAUGGAGUUUAAGCAAUCCUUCCGUUUCGGUCCUGCUUUGAGUAAUAUUACGGAAAUCGAUUACGAUGGGAGUUCUAUUUUUUCGUCAUCCCUACCCAGUUUUACCUCAAGCAGUGGUUCAUCCACGACACCCACAAUCGAAAGCCAUUUCAUCGACGUGGGUACCAUAACAUUUGGAGGCAUUUUCGGCUUGGGCGAGAAAAUGGAAAAUCGCGUGAUAAUGGCAAGGAGCACGGUUCAAUGCCUGAUACUUCCCAGAUUUUUCCUGCUGGAGAAGAAACAAAAUCCCGGCAAUGUCUGGGAGCGCAGACUGUUGUAUGUGGGCGUCAUGGUUCCAUCCAGAGAAGCCCUUUUCGCCCACUAUCGUAAAGCUUGUGACUGGAAGAAGUUCAAAAACGAUAUAAUUUCCGAGACCCUGAAGCCCUCCGACAAUGACAACACAAACAUUGAAGACGUUCCCAUUAUUUGCAGAAUUGUAGAAUCACCAGAGGAUCUCAAUUAGUUGUGGAAAAUAAAUUGUUGAUUAAGGGGCGGUUCUGUAUUUUUCAGUUGAGUCUAAAGUAUCAGCUAGUUAUGACAAUUUGGUUCAGCUGAAAAAUGUAAGAACACCCGAUAAA